AUGCAACGGUUUUUAGUGUUUGGGGCUCUACUUAGCACGGGCUUGUGCUCUUUCAUUUCUGAUAAAUUCAGUGGACGUAUUGUCGGUGGUGUGGACACUACUAUAGAGCAACAUCCAUACCAGAUUUCAAUAUGGCUGGUUGAAGAACAAGCGCACUUCUGCGGUGGCAGUAUUAUCAGUGAGAACUUUGUGCUCUCAGCUACUCACUGUCUACUCGGCUUUGAACCAUACGAACUGCGUGUACGCUUAGGUUCGACGAACUCAACUAAUGGCGGUCUCUUAGUCGAAGUAGCCGCUAUAAAGACACACACUGGUUUUAGCGGUAUUACCGCAAUGAAUGAUAUUGGUUUGUUGAAGUUGGCAAAACCGGUGGCUCAGACGAAUAGCAUUCGCUAUAUCGAUCUCGCCGAUACGGUACCAGCCACCGGCACACCUGCUGUCGUCUCCGGUUGGGGUGUCAAGUGUAGCUUGUGCUUUAGAACGCCAGUUAUCUUACAAGCUGUAGAUGUCAAUAUUGUACAACGUGAAGAUUGUGCCUCAAGUACUUAUAAAUAUGGCGACCAAAUUCGAGAAUCUAUGGUUUGUGCUUAUGCAUUGAAGAAGGAUGCCUGCUCUGGUGAUUCGGGUGGUCCGUUGGUGGCUGAAGGCAAGUUGGUUGGUGUUGUUUCGUGGUCGGAAGGCUGUGCCAAAAAGGAUUAUCCUGGUGUUUAUGCCAGUGUACCAGAAUUACGUCAGUGGAUAUCUAGCGCUAUAGCGGAGUUAUCGAGUGAGGAGGCAUAUAAAGUUUCUUAUUUGUAAUUUUUGU